AAACCCCACUUUCUAAACCCCUGCCAGAGUUUGGGCUAAAACCCUAGUUUGAAAGCUACGCUUCUGAUCACAUUUGGAUACAUUUUCUCUGCAACAUGUACCGUGUAGCUGCAAAAUUAGCUUCCACGAUCAGCUCUGCUUCUUCCAAGAAACUGGUAUAUAGCAGGGUUUUAUCUAGUAGAAGUUAUGGAGCAAAGGAUAUCCAUUUUGGGAUUGGGGCACGGGCGGCCAUGUUGCAGGGUGUUACUGAGCUUGCAGAAGCUGUGAAAGUUACAAUGGGACCAAAGGGUCGCAAUGUGAUUAUUGAGAAAAACCGUGGGGAUCCUAAAGUCACCAAAGAUGGAGUCACUGUUGCCAAAAGCAUCAAGUUCAAGGAAAAGGCUAAAAAUGUUGGUGCAGAUCUUGUAAAGCAGGUUGCUAGUGCUACUAAUACUGCUGCAGGAGAUGGUACAACUUGUGCAACUGUGCUGACUCAGGCAAUAUUUACAGAAGGCUGCAAGUCUGUAGCUGCUGGUGUAAAUGCAAUGGAUUUACGCAGUGGUAUCAAUAUGGCAGUUAAUGCAGUUAUAUCUGAUUUAAAAUGCAGAGCAGUGAUGAUUAGCACACCAGAAGAAAUUACUCAGGUGGCCACCAUCUCUGCAAAUGGUGAGCGUGAAAUUGGAGAAUUGUUGGCUAAAGCAAUGGAGAAAGUUGGGAAACAAGGAGUAAUUACUGUUGCAGAUGGAAAUACUUUGGACAGUGAGUUAGAAGUGGUGGAAGGAAUGAAGCUAGCGAGAGGCUAUAUAUCUCCUUAUUUUGUUACUGACCACAAGACCCAGAAAUGUGAACUAGAACAUCCUUUAAUCCUCAUCCAUGACAAAAAAAUUUCAGACAUGAACUCACUUGUAAGAAUAUUGGAGCUGGCUGUGAAGAAAAAUAGAGCUCUUCUAAUUGUGGCCGAGGAUGUGGAGAGUGAUGUGCUAGCUAUGCUUGUUCUCAACAAGCACCAAGCAGGGGUUAAGGUCUGUGCCAUCAAGGCUCCAGGUUUUGGGGAAAACAGAAGGGCCAAUUUAGAAGAUCUUGCCAUUCUUACUGGAGGAGAGGUUAUUACUGAAGAUCGUGGCUUGAAUCUCAACAAAGUCAAAGUUGAAAUGCUUGGUACUGCCAAAAAGCUCAGGACAGCCAUGGAGAACAGUAGUGCCAUGUUUGACAAGGAGAAAGCACAGGAGCGGCUGUCAAAGUUAUCUGGUGGUGUUGCUGUCUUCAAGGUUGGAGGGGCCAGUGAGGCAGAAGUUGGGGAAAGAAAAGAUAGGGUCACAGAUGCUUUGAAUGCCACAAGAGCAGCUAUUGAAGAGGGUAUUGUACCUGGUGGUGGUGUUGCUCUAUUGUAUGCCACAAAAGUUCUGGAAAACAUUCAGACUUCAAAUGAAGACCAAAAAAGAGGAGUCCAGAUAAUCCAGAAUGCUCUUAAGGCACCAACAUUCACAAUAGUUUCAAAUGCUGGUGGUGAUGGUGCUCUGGUGCUUGGCAAACUGCUGGAACAAGACGAUCUUAAUUUGGGAUAUGAUGCAGCCAAAGGUGUGUAUGUUGAUAUGGUUAAAGCUGGAAUUAUAGAUCCUCUCAAAGUGGUCAGAACUGCCUUGGUAGAUGCUGCCAGUGUCUCGCUGCUAUUAACAACAACGGAAGCAACUGUUGUAGACCAUCCAGAUGAGAAAAACUCCGCGCCCAGCCGAAUGCCAGCAAUGGAUGAUAUGGGCUACUGAUUUGAGCAAACCAUAAAUGAAUUUGAAGUUCAAGAUUUAGAAUCUGUACCCUCUGGUGCAUACCAUGAAGCAAUUUAUUUUUGAGAACUUGUGUCACCAUUCUUUACGAGUUGCAGAAGUCUUUCAAUGGGAAGUCAGUUUUGGAUUUUGAUCAGUAUGAGAAAACACAUUCAUGUAAAGUACAGUUUAAUCUAUGAAUAAAUGUAUGGUUCGUCAUUUGAUUAAAA